AUGGUAAAUGGUUGUUUUGAUGUUAGCUAUUCACCAUCUAGCAGGUCUCAACAAUAUCAAGUGACUCGGAUAGAGCAAACACCAUACACCAUGGCAAAGAUUGUUGUUUUAAUAUCAGGAAGUGGGUCGAAUUUACAGGCCCUUAUUGAUGCAUCCACUAAGGAACCUAAGAAGUUGGAUGCAGAUAUUGUGAAGGUUAUUUCGUCAUCACCAGAUGCAUAUGGGCUAGCAAGAGCAGCGCAUGCGAAGAUUCCCAUUCAAGUGCACCAAUUGAAGGAGUACUAUAAGGGCAUACCAAAAGAUAGUAAGGAGGAGCGUAAAGUUGCCCGGGACCAGUUUGAUUCCGAUUUGGCACAGGUGGUGAUUGCGGAGGAGCCUGAUUUAGUUGUCUGUGCGGGCUGGAUGUUGAUACUUUCGAUGGCGUUCCUCGAGCCGUUGUCCCAAGUGGGUAUUCCGAUCAUCAACUUACAUCCGGCGUUGCCAGGGACGUUUGAGGGAACCCAUGCUAUUGAGAGGUCUUGGGAAGCAGGUCGAAAGGGAGAGAUUACAAAGGGAGGAUGCAUGGUGCACUAUGUCAUUGAGGCAGUGGAUAUGGGUGAGCCGCUUGUGGUGAAGGAGCUCGAAGUUACACAGGGAGAGAGUGUUGAUGCGUGGGAGAAGAAGAUCCACGACCUUGAACACGUUGCGAUUGUCGAAGGUGCACAGUUGGCACUGGAGAAGUCCAGAGAGGAAGCGGAGGCCAAAGCUUCCCAGGCAGCAAAGGAGAAGGAAGAGGCCGAGAAGGCGCAAAAGGCCAAAGAGGCCAAAGCCAAGGCUUUAGCCGACUCCAAGAAGGCAGAGACGGCUAAAAAGAGUCCAAUUGCGAAGAAGGACAAGAAGAGAGACAAGAAGAAGUCUUUUUGUGUUGUCUGUUGA